AUGGUGGAGCUGGUGCACAUGAAGCUUUUCCUUGGCAUGCUCAUCUAUUUCACGCUUGUCUCCCGCAUUGUGAGCGGCAGCGUGAAGACCAUCCGCGCUUGGGAAGAGAUGCGCAUCCUCCGCGUUGCAGGUGCUGCCAGAUCCGCGAUGACGGUGAGUCACGACAGCAGGCUAAUGGGUUUUGAGAACACUGCGGUCAAGAGGUAUGGCCGGUGGCGUUCGUACUUCAUCACGGACGUGCUGGGGUGGAGGCAGAAGCGCCCGUCCUUCCACAGGGAGGUGCUGGAGACGUUGGCACUCGACUCACUGCCGAAAGUGCCAGUGAGCAAGCUGCACAAGGCUUUGGACGAGAACUUCGCUUUCAGCGCCUACCUCGCGUACUCAGUGUGCUCGUGCACCACGGACACGGUUGAGAUCCACUCGCUCACGUGGAUUGCGGUCAUAUUCGUCCUGCUGGUGUUCGCCCUCCUGCACCGGUUCGCGAGUGUCAUACUCCUAGACGUGGUGCCCAUAUUUAUCGUGGCCGCCUUCAUGAUCUUGGGGGUGCUCUGGCGCCUGGUGCGCUCGUUCACCGCGAGGGUUGACGUCUCGGGGCAGAACGCGCUGAGCCUCUCCCGCAGGGACCUGGCCGCGGAGCACGGCGGGGUGCCGAAGCUCGCGAGCUUCGCGGAGAGGGACACGGAGCACAGCUACGGCCUGGAAGCGGUGGACGACGAGGUGCAGGUGGUGCACGAGGCGCCCGCGGUGCCGACCCCGUCCGACCAGGAGUGCUGGCAGGAGGAUCCGGCGUCAGCCUCGCGCGCUCACACCGAGGUGCUGGGCCCAGACGAGGAGGAGACGGAGGGCUUUCACGAGAAGUUCUCCACCGAGAUGCACACUCUGCGCCUCCUGCAGGUGAUCCUCUUCGUGUGCUCCUACGCCUGCGCGCGGACGCUGGGCGACCCCGCAGACUGGAAGUCGCGUCCAGACCAGGUCGUGCUCGUCUGUUGCGUCUUCGGCAUCAUCUCGGGCAGUGCCAGGGGGGUCACCUCGAGGUGGAGGGACGUCGAGUACUUGUAG